AUGCAACAGCAAAUAGGAAAGCAUGGUGUCAAUGUGAGUAAGCCACUAGAGAAAGAUGUGUUGACCAUAAUGAGUGGACAGAAUCUGGAUUCAACACCUCAUAUGAAGCUCUUUUGGGAACAGCAAAUGCGUCUUUUGCAAACGAAUAAAAUGGGACGUAGAUACCACCCACAAGUGAUCAGAUUUGCUUGGCCAAUUCAUUGCAAAUCUCCAUCGGCCUAUAGAGAGAGCGGAGACCUCAUAUUACCUAGCGAGCGUGUUCUUAGAGAUUAUAAAAACUAUUUUAAACCUGGAGCUGGCAUAACCAAAGAGAACAUCGAGGAACUGAAAGAGAAAACAUCAAUAUACACUGGCACUAUUCAACAAUAUGUCGCUGUUGUUAUGGACGAAAUGAAAAUUCAAGAGAAUCUUGUUUCGACAAAUCAUCAGGUGAACUGAUUGGCUUUAUUGAUCUUGGUGAUCCAUUAACUACUUUUGCUAAUGUCAAUGAGGACAAUGAUCCAAUUGCGUCCCAUGCACUUGCCUUUUUGGUGAGAGGAUUGGCUACCCAUCUGAAGCAUAUUCUCGCCUAUUUCUUUAGUGGCAAUGUAACAUCAGUCCAAUUAAUGCUAUUAUUUUGGAAAGCUGUUGCAGUUCUUGAAACCACAGUAAAGUUAAAGGUAAUUGCAGCUGUGAAUGAUGGUGCAUCUCCAAAUCGGACGUUUUUUACCCUUCGUGCAAAACUUGGUGGUGAACACCCGGACGGUGUUGUGUACAAAACACCCAAUCUUUUCUGUCUCGCCCGAAUGAUUUACUUCUUCGCUGAUGUACCUCAUUUGAUAAAGACUGCGAGAAACUGUCUUUAUAACUCUGGGUCUGGAUCAUGAGUCGAUAUAUGUGGAACAAUGGACAGCAUCUGUUAUUUAGACAUAUUGCUGAUAUGUAUUACCGCGAUCAAGAGUUCGCCCUUCACAGCUUACCUAAACUGACAUUGGACCAUGUUGUGCUGACCAGUUUUUCAAAGGAUGAAGGUGAAACUCGCUUUCCAGGUUUUGAGCAAGACAGUUUCAACAUGCCUUCUGGAAUGUAAUGAUCCCAGUGUUGUUGGUACUGGCACCGUACUGCAAUGUUCUGCCAGAUGGUCAACGAAUUUUUCGAUUGUACAAAUAUGAGGUCUACCUCCGAGCAUGAAAGAAAGAGGAAUGAAAGGAUCAAACCCUGUGAGAGUCCCAAGGAUGAGCGCUUAAUCUGGAUGAAGGAUGCGUUUCUAAAGUUCUUAGAAGAUUGGAAGACUAGCAUUCAAGCUAGAGAGGGACCAUUUAUGGCAGCUGAACGAGAGAAGAUGUUUUUGUCAAACCAGACAUAUGAAUGAUUUAAGAUCUCUGCUAAUUCGCAUGUCGAAGUCAUUAAGUUCCUCCUUUCUGAAGGAUUUUCCUAUGUUCUUACAGAACGGUUCAUGCGGGAUGUUAUCGAAGACUAUUUUGGACAUCAAAGAACUCAGCUGCGAGGAAGAUCAGAUAACCCUUCAGCAAAACAGUUUGGCUAUAAUGAUCUAACUAUUGCUGUCAAAAGGGCCAUUGUGCCAUCAGUGAAUGGUAACACUGGAGGGCGAUAUGGCAAGGCAAAAUGGUACACUGUCUCUGAUGAUCCCGUGAAAAAGCGUAAAAAGAAGUGA